CCGGUUGCCGCCGCCCCAGUGACCCUACUCACCCCCCGCACUGGGCCGCCCGGGCCAGAGUGGGGGACCCCCGCCGCCCCGCCCUCCUCUCCCCCAACACCUUCCCACUCCCUCACCCCCCAGCUUGCGCGCGCGCGGAGCUGCCUCAGCAGGUUCCUCUAAGAUGGACAUGGAAGACUGCAAUGGCCGCUCCUAUAUGUCUGGUAGCGGGGACUCAUCUCUGGAGAAGGAGUUCCUUGGGGCCCCAGUGGGGCCCUCAGUGAGCACCCCCAACAGCCAGCACUCUUCUCCCAGCCGCUCGCUCAGUGCCAACUCCAUCAAGGUGGAGAUGUACAGCGAUGAGGAGUCGAGCAGGCUGCUGGGGCCCGACGAGCGGCUCCUGGAGAAGGACGACAGCGUGAUCGUGGAGGACUCGCUGUCCGAGCCCCUGGGCUACUGCGACGGGAGCGGGCCCGAGCCCCACUCCCCCGGGGGCAUCCGGCUGCCCAACGGCAAGCUCAAAUGCGACGUCUGCGGCAUGGUCUGUAUCGGGCCCAACGUGCUCAUGGUGCACAAGCGCAGCCACACGGGGGAAAGGCCUUUCCAUUGCAACCAGUGCGGCGCCUCCUUCACGCAGAAGGGGAACCUGCUGCGCCACAUCAAGCUGCACUCCGGGGAGAAGCCCUUCAAGUGUCCCUUCUGCAACUACGCCUGCCGCCGUCGGGACGCGCUCACCGGCCACCUCCGCACACACUCCGUGUCCUCCCCCACGGUGGGCAAGCCCUACAAGUGCAGCUACUGCGGCCGGAGCUACAAGCAGCAGAGCACCCUGGAGGAGCACAAGGAACGUUGCCACAGCUACCUGCAGGGCCUCGGCGCCGACGCCCAGGCGCUGGCCGGCCAGCCAGGUGAUGAGAUCCGUGACCUGGAGAUGGUGCCAGACUCCAUGCUCCACGCGUCCUCUGAGCGGCCAACAUUCAUCGAUCGCCUGGCCAACAGUCUCACCAAGCGCAAGCGGUCCACCCCCCAGAAGUUUGUAGGCGAGAAGCAGAUGCGCUUCAGCCUCUCCGACCUGCCCUACGACGUGAACCCGGGUGGCUACGAGAAGGACGUGGAGCUGGUGGCGCACCACGGGCUGGACCCCGGCUUCGGGGGCUCGCUGGCCUUCGUGGGGGCCGAGCACCUCCGCCCCCUCCGCCUCCCCCCGACCAACUGCAUCUCGGAGCUCACACCUGUCAUCAGCUCGGUCUACACCCAGAUGCAGCCCCUGCCCGGGCGACUGGAGCUUCCAGGGUCCCGGGAGGCAGGCGAGGGGCCUGACGACCUGGCCGACGGGGGUCCCCUCCUCUUCCGGGCCCGAGGCCCCCUGGCCGACCCCGGGGCGUCGCCCAGCAACGGCUGCCAGGACUCCACAGACACCGAGAGUAACCACGAAGACCGGGUGGGGGGGGUGGUGUCCCUCCCUCAGGGUCCCCCGCCUCAGCCACCCCCCGCCAUCGUGGUGGGCCGGCCCAGCCCCGCCUACGCCAAAGAGGACCCCAAGCCGCAGGAGGGGUUACUGCGGGGCACCCCGGGCCCCUCCAAGGAAGUGCUCCGCGUGGUGGGCGAGGGCGGGGAGCCCGUGAAGGCCUUCAAGUGCGAGCACUGCCGCAUCCUGUUCCUGGACCACGUCAUGUUCACCAUCCACAUGGGCUGCCACGGCUUCAGAGACCCCUUCGAGUGCAACAUCUGCGGGUACCACAGCCAGGACCGAGCCUAG